AUGGAUUCAGGUCUGAAACUAUUCUUCCUCUUCUGCUUCAUCUCCUUCCCCUCGAUCUGCACCAGCAAACACCACCCGCUAGACCCUCUAUCUAGAAAAGAGCUCACCCUAAUCAAGACCAUCCUCAACAAAUCAUACCAUAACCUAACCUUUCACUACGUUGGGUUAGACGAGCCAGAAAAGACAGUUCUCCUACCAUGGCUAUCAAGACCCACCAAAAAAACCUUACCACCUCGUCGAGCUCUUGUCAUUGCUCGACUCCAUAAACAAACUCAUCGCAUCAUCGUCGACUUAUCCUCAUGCUCCAUAAUAUCCGAUAAACUUUAUGAAGGAUUUGGCUACCCUUUGCUCACAAUUGAAGAGCAAACAACUGCGUCGCUCUUGCCAUUGUCGUACGAGCCAUUUCUGGAUUCAAUCAAGAAGAGAAAUCUUGAUUUAGCCAGUGUUGUUUGCUCGACUUUUACAGUUGGGUGGUUUGGAGAAGAGAAGAUGGGAAGAAGAGUAUUGAAGAUUCAGUGUUUCCAUCCAAAAGACACUGUCAACGUGUACGUAACGCCCAUUGAAGGAAUAACCCUAGUUGUUGAUCUAGACGAGAUGAAGAUAGUUGAUUAUAGUGACAGGAUACGAGUUCCAGUGCCUAAAGCUGAAGGAACUGAUUACAGAUCCUCAAUGCAAAAACCUCCAUUUGGUCCAUCUUUAGCAUAUGCAGCCAUUUUAGAACCAGAUGGUCCAGGCUUUAAGAUUGAUGGCCAUAAAGUCAGUUGGGCGAACUGGGUAUUCCAUGUGGGAUUCGAUGUUCGAGCGGGUCCAAUAAUAUCUCUUGCAUCCAUUUAUGAUGUUGAGAAGAGUAAAUUUAGAAGGGUAUUAUACAGAGGGUAUAUUUCUGAGAUAUUUGUGCCAUAUAUGGAUCCAUCUCCAGAAUGGUACUACAAGACUUUUUUUGACUCUGGUGAAUUUGGGUUAGGCCAAGGAGCAGUCCCACUUGAACCAUUUACUGAUUGUCCAACAAAUGCACAAUUCAUGUCUGCAUAUUAUGCAACUCAAGAUGGCACACCAGUCAAAAUACCCAAUGCCUUUUGUAUUUUUCAAAAGCAUGCAGGGAAUGUCAUGUGGAGACAUACAGAAUAUGAUAUUGGAGACCAAGUAAUAACAGAAAUUAGAACAGAAGUGACGUUGGUUGUUAGGAUGGUUAUAGCAAGUGAUAAUUAUGAUUAUAUUCUCGAUUGGGAAUUCAAGCCAUCUGGAUCCAUUAAUAUAAAGGUUAGUUUAACAGGAGUGUUAGGAGUAAAAGGAGUAGUGUAUAAUCACACUGAUGACAUAAAAAAUGAUACACACGGUACUUUGCUAGCAAAUAACACCGUUGGUACAUACCAUGAUCACUUAUUUACCUACCAUCUUGAUCUUGAUGUUGAUGGAGAUGUUAAUUCCUUCAUAAAAAAUAAUUUGGUGACGAAACGAGUGACAGACUACAGUUCUCUUAGAAAGAGUUACUGGACAAUUGUGAGCGAAACAGCUAAAGUUGAAUCUGAAGCUCGAAUUCAACUUGGUUUAAAGCCUAUUGAAAUGAUUGUGGUUAAUCCUAAUAAGAAAACGAAAAGGGGCUCAUCGGAGGUGGUUUCGAAUUUCGCCCACGACGGUGCCACCGGGCUUUGCUCGCAGUUUCGAUAG